GCCCCCGUCAGUCUGCACCAACUUCCUGGUUAUGGCAACAUUAACCCAGCUAACCCGGCCGGGAGUUGGUUGCUUUGUUCUCCCAAAGCAAAUCUUCUCGUCCCUUCUUCUCAGACACGGAGUUGUUGUCCGCCGCCGCAGCAGCAGCACCGCCAUGGCUUCGGACUCGGAGACAGCCCGCUUCGACUUUCUGGUGAUCGGCGGGGGCUCUGGAGGUCUGGCCGGGGCUCGACGGGCGGCGGAGCUCGGAGCGAACACCGCCGUUAUCGAAAGCCACAAACUCGGAGGUACCUGCGUCAAUGUUGGAUGUGUUCCAAAAAAGGUCAUGUGGAACGCAGCAGUUCAUGCCGAGUAUCUGCAUGAUCAUGGAGAUUAUGGUUUUCAUACUGAMAAUGUUAAGUUCAGCUGGGAAGCUCUUAAGGCCAAAAGGGAUGCGUACGUUUCUCGCUUGAAUCAGAUUUAUCGCAACAAUCUUGAUAAGGCUAAAAUCCAAACCAUUCAAGGUUUUGCCAGGUUCACAGAUGACCCUGAGCCCACAGUGGAGGUCAAUGGAAGGAGGUUUACGGCGCCUCACAUCCUCAUCGCCACCGGAGGGCAGCCUUCUGUCGUGAAUGAUGAUGAAAUCCCAGGAGCAAGUUUAGGCAUCACUAGCGAUGGCUUCUUUGAGCUGGAAACCCUCCCAAAACGCAGUGUGAUUGUGGGUGCUGGUUACAUCGCUGUGGAGAUGGCGGGGAUUCUCGCCACCCUGGGGUCCAAAACGUCCCUCGUUAUUCGUCAGACCUGCGUGUUGAGAAACUUCGACGCGUACAUCAGCACAAACUGCACCAAGGAGCUGCAGAACAACGGCAUCGAUCUGUGGAAGAACUCUCAGGUGAAGUCUGUGAGUAAAACGGACCGAGGCCUGGAAGUUACCAUCGUCACCAAAGACCCAGAGAAGAAGAACGGCGAGGAGAAGAUCAGCACCAUCCAGGAAGUGGACUGCCUUCUGUGGGCCAUCGGCAGGAAGCCCAACACGUCYGGACUCAACAUCGGCAGCUUGGGUGUGGAUAUCGAUAAAGGAGGCCAUAUUGUUGUGGAUGAAUUCCAGAAUACGACUCGAUCGGGGAUCUAUGGUCUAGGAGACGUUUGUGGCAAAGCUCUUCUCACACCUGUGGCCAUUGCUGCUGGCAGAAAGUUGGCACACAGGCUGUUUGACGGCAAGAAGGACUCCAAGUUGGAUUAUUCUAGCAUCCCAACAGUUGUGUUCAGCCAUCCACCUAUUGGUACUGUGGGCCUCACAGAGGAUGAAGCCAUUAAAGCCAACGGAAAAGAGAACGUGAAGAUCUACAAAACUUCUUUUACUCCGAUGUAUCACGCCAUCACRAGCAGGAGGAGUCUGUGCAUCAUGAAGCUGGUGUGUGUGGGCAAAGAGGAGAAGGUGGUGGGCUUGCACAUGCAGGGCCUCGGCUGUGACGAGAUGCUGCAGGGAUUUGCUGUGGCCAUUAAAAUGGGUGCCACCAAAGAGGACUUUGACAACACUGUUGCCAUUCACCCAACUUCUUCUGAGGAGUUUGUUACGAUGCGUUAAUGCAAACCUGACUCUCACUGUCUUGGAUUUGUUUUUGACAAGCAGAACACAUCAGGAUUCCCUCUGUGCUAUUCUCACCUCAACUCAGUGACAUGCUUUAUAAAUCCACUUUCAUUUUCUGCAACUUAAAUGACCUUGACUGAAUAUUUGCUAUGGCUUUUUUUAUUGAUUGAGUUUUGGCCCUCUGAUUGUAUUGUAGGUCUUGAAUGCUGGUUAAAAACUCUUGAGUUCAGUUGUAAUGAUUAUGCAAUGGAAGUAAGAAAGCCUGCAGAUUACUGCAGACGGUGAGUGUGUGUGUGUGUGUGUGUGUGUGUGUGUGUUUGACUUGUCAGUGAUUUGUCAAAUUUUAAAACCCUGCAGCUCUAUAGUGCACCUGCUUUAUGCAAAAUGACUCAUUUCUAAUGCACUGUAAAGAUGCAAUAAACCUGCAGCUAAUUCUGGGAUUAUUUUCUGUGCAUUUGGAGACCACUCCCUCUUUUGUUACUCCACUGCAAAGGAUCCCUUCUUAUUGUAUAGCUGAUUUAACUUGGGUGAUGAUGGAAGCACUUUUCUAUUUAGUCAGAGGAAUGUCUAUCUGCUCAGGCUUAGAUAAGACUUUUUUUGUUAGCUUAAAGUACAUGUUGACAAUUUCACAUGUUAAAAACAGUGACAGACUACUACAGGGUUAAAGAGCAGUGCUGAAUCCUUUGAUAGCUGUUAAUAAAAAUAAAAUUAUAGCCCAGCUACCUAAUAAGUGCUUUAUGUUCAGUUACAUAAUGUAUGAAUGUAUUGUUGCAGAAUUUUCAAAUGUAUUCAUGCUUGUUUUUUAACUUCUGUAUUUUCUGGAAAAUCAAUGUUUCACAUGCAAAAUUUAAUCUAUGGGAUAUGAAGAAAAUUAUGUAAUAAAAGCUAUUUAAAAA